CCUGUCUGUUUGCUCAAGUGACGUCACACAUCGACACUCCCUUUUCCCCAGUAGAGGGAGAAAGAUGGCGCCUACACACGUACUGAGAUGCUGUCAACGGGGUUUAGCAUGGAUACCUGUGAUUUUUAUCGCCCUGGUCGUCUGCUGGUCGUAUUAUGCUUAUGUGGUGGAGCUUUGUAUAUUUACCAUUCCCAGUAUAGGAGAGCAAAUUGUCUACCUGAUCUUCUUCCACCUCUCUUUCAUCAUGUUUGUAUGGUCUUACUGGAAGACCAUCUUCACCAAGCCUGCUAACCCCUCCAAAGAGUUCUGCCUGCCCAAGGCUGAGAAGGAGCGUUAUGAGAAGGAAGAGAGGCCAGAGUCCCAGCAAGAGAUCCUGUGGAGAGCUGCCACCAGUCUGCCUCUGUACACCCGCACAGGAGCCGGAGCAAUCCGUUACUGUGACCGCUGUCAAGUUGUCAAACCAGACCGGUGUCAUCACUGCUCCGCGUGUGACAUGUGUGUGCUGAAGAUGGACCACCAUUGCCCCUGGGUGAACAACUGUGUAGGAUUCUCCAACUACAAAUUCUUUAUCCUCUUCCUGGCCUACUCGCUGGUGUACUGUUUGUUCAUUGCAGCCACUGUACUGCAAUAUUUCAUAAAGUUCUGGACACUUUGCCGGAGGAAAUCGGCAGAGAACUGCCCAAAGAAUGAGCUGCCAGACACUCACGCCAAAUUCCACGUCUUGUUCCUUUUUUUUGUGGCGGCCAUGUUCUGCAUUAGUAUUCUGUCCCUCUUCAGCUACCACCUGUGGCUUGUAGGGAAGAACAGGUCCACUAUAGAGGCGUUCAGAGCACCGGUUUUUAGGACAGGCUCUGAUAAGAAUGGCUUCUCACUUGGUUUCCGGAAGAAUAUCGCUCAGGUGUUUGGAGACCAGAAGAAGUACUGGCUGCUGCCUGUCUUUACCAGUCAGGGAGAUGGUCUGACGUUCCCUACACGGCUGGUCAAUGCUGAUGUAGAGCAGGCCACAGUGACCCUGCAUCCAGAGGCUGAUAAGAGUGCUGCCAAUGUCCCUGUGAGCCCGGUCAGCGAGUCACAUAAUCACCUCCUGAGCAACAACCAGCAUGCCAACAACAUCGGAGAACAUCUGGCUGAUAACACCCUCAAAUCAGCUGAAAGUGAAACCAUUACAAUCUCUGUGGAGAGCGAGUCCUAACCAGGAGAAACUCCUCAGUCACCUAAUAUGAUGCCUUAAGCAACGCAACAGUUUAGUUAGUCACCAUGGCAACAGUCCUAGCGCAACCCCAUCCCCACAAACCCACUCAGAGUAACUAUGGAAAUGCAUUUCUUUUGCCCAUCACGGCACAAUAAUGCAUCUAUGGCAUUGGCAUUUUCGCAUGUAGUGCUAUAAGAAAAUCUCACACCCCCACAGGACAUGUGCUACAAGCUGGUUCCCUCUCACACCAACACACACACACAUGCUAACAGUCAUGCAUUCAACUCUAUAUCCAUUUCCUUGUGUUGUUUAGUUUUCUUUUUCUCACAACUGGAGUAUUUAUUGAUGGUAAGAAAAUGGAAGAAUCCCAGAGGGAAUAUAAGAUACUUUUGAUGUUUAAUGAGAAAACUUUUUGUGCCAAAAGCUUCCUGGGUGCACCAGGACUCAUUUUAAAGGCACAAAGCUGCAGUGAAGAGUGGGGAACGAGCUGGAGCAGUGCAUUUGUUUUGAACAUUCGUGUGGAUGGAUGCUUCCCAUCAAAACCUAGACUAUCUUACAGAGGACUCUACCACAUGGUUCAGUGGACUGAACCAGUGCAAAACAGGGAAGACUGUAGCUGGGUUUUGGAUGGCGUUUUGGUCAGAGCACAAGAUGGCACAUUUGCACUUUGUAGAUUAUCAAUGUUCAUCAAACACAAUGUGCUGCUUUUUUAUCAUGUCCAAAAAGCAUCCCAGGUAUAACAGUUGUUGGAUGAUCUUGUGAUUUAUGGCGUUUUGUUUGUGUGUGUGUGUGUGUGUGUGAAUGUGUGUAACAGUUGAAGUGGCUUUUUUUCCUUCUUUUUUAAGAACUAACAGAAACUAAAAAAAAUCAGCUUUAUGUGUUUUUUUUUUGUUUUUUGUGGCCAGUUUGUGUUAAAACAUGCUGCUUAUAAAUGGACAGUUUGACCUGGGAGAUGUAUUUCACACAGUGCAAUGUGCGGCAUCCGUCACUACCUGUUCUUUUAGAGUCUGUUUAAUUAUGUCACAUGCCGAUCUGUGAUUCCUAGACCACAAUGUCUACAUCCUGUUUUUCUACAGUUCAACCUUUCCAAGCCACCAACACUCAUUGCCAAAUAAGGGCUGACCUGUCAGGAGCUCUGACCUCUGAACCUGAAAUGUUUACAACAUCCUAGCUUUAUCUUAACCUCAUUGGCCAAUGUCAUCAUAACCAAAUUCUAUUUACCAGUCGUUGUGGCGCAAUAUUUUAUACAAGUUUCAUCUGUCCCUCCUGCCUGUAGUGGGUUAUGAUGUGCUUGCAAUACCAGUGCUGACCGGCAGGUGGCGAAGAUGAUCCUGUUAUCUGCCCUCGUUCAGAUGGAGAGAUCAACAUGUGGCUCAGGGCUCACUUCACUUUCAGUCUAAUUCACAGGUGCAGAACUUAAUAUUUUCAUAAUAUGUACUUAAUAUGCAUUCUUUUGUUGUAAUAACUCAUCCGUAUUUAAUUUGACUUGAAAGUGAAUUGAACCUAUCUCGUACUGUAAAAUAGAGGUGUCGACUACGCUUCUGCUCACCUUGUCUACUCUGUAUGUACUUGGGAGUCAGCUCAGUGUUGUGACCUUGAACUGUUAAAGGAGCCUCAGCUUGUGUAAAAUAUAACCGUGAGCUGUCUUGUGUCAGUGUUGAAAAUCUGGGAUGUGACAGUGACUUUGAGGGUCUAACAAAAUCUGUAAAAGAAGAAUUUUUAAAGUUGCAGAGAAUUAGAUUUCAUUAUCCAUGCAUAUCACAACAUGUGAAUAUCUGUUAAAGAAUAUUUUGUCAGUAUAACCAAAUAACAAUUGUUCAGGAAUGAGUUACAUCCUUUUCCAAGGAUUUUUGUUAUUUAUAUGCAACUUUUCACAUUGAAGGGAGACCCAGCAAAUUCCUGAUGUCUGUCAUUGCUCAUGUCUAUCCGAUCACAUCCCUGACAGUUGCUGGACGAGCCUCCUACUAACUAAAUCCCACCAGACUCCGGUGAUGUACAAGUUUGCAGCAGUUUCUAUCGUGUGGAGUGAGUUAGUGGUGUUGUACAGUGUGUUCUUGGUAAUCAUUGUCACAGUCGUGCUGAAUGUACCACAGACGGGACAGUGAGGGUAUUUGAUCAAAUGAUGGAGCGUUAAAAACAGCCCGCUCUUUGGACUUUAUAUUUAUGUUUUAUCCUCCCAAUCACGUUUGACCUUUUUGAGCCCAAUUGUAUUUAUAAUUACUCUUUAUAAACAGGUGAUUGGAGGAUAUUGUGUGUAUUCUGAGUAUCAGAUUCACACUGUGGUUUGAUCUCAAAUAAGCAGAUUAAAUUACUGUCAGAGAUCACGAUCCAAGCCGUGGUUAUGUUCCGAUCAUGUGUAGAUUAUUUCUAAACCUCACCCCUAAAUAUUUAGUUAAAGAAAAGGCAAAAAUAUAUAUCCUGGAUCACCUGUAAGGAGCCUGGCUCGUUCCACUCGUCACCUAUGGCCACUGAUUCUGCACCAUUGGACCGGUCGUCUUCUUGUUUGACAGAUUGCCUAUAUUCUCUUUCUGGGCUGUUUGGCCUUGAGGCUAAAGUGCGUGUGUGUAUUUUGUAAUGCUUACUUUAAUGUUCUUUUGUAAUAUUGCUGUCUUGGGAGAAAUGCUUCUGUGCAGCCAUGAGAUUUUUACAUGUCUGUGCACAUUCAUAAUUGACUGACUAAUGCUCAAAAGCAUGGCGCCUAACUAAUGUAAAAAUGUGAUUUAUCAUGGUAACAGGGAUUAUGGUGUUAAAACAGACAUUGGGGUUUUUCAACUAUUGCUAGGUGCGACAUGUUUUAAAUUAGCUUUACUCUGAUCUGUCUCAACUUUACAAAUGAAGCCAUAAAAACUCCUGUGAAAAUGGAGGAAAUAAUUUGUCUAAUUUCAGUAAUCUUCUUUUAGACUUGCAAAAACAUUAUACAUCUGUUGCAGAUGUAUCCUGAUCAUAACUUGCUUAUUGCUGCAUUUUGGUUUCUUUUUGUUACAAUGUCCUAUUUUACAAUGUGUGUGUAUAUAUAUAUAUAUUGAUAAUGUAAGAAAAAGACUACAUAUAUAUUUUUCUUGUCUGAUUAAUUUUACUGUUCUGUGAAUGAAGUACAUGCCUCCACAAAAUUAACGUGAAAAUAACAAUAAAUGUUUUUUUAAACCUCCA